GAUAAGGCCCACAAAGGGCUAAGUUUAAGGAAGGAUGACUUCAACCAAUUUUACUCAUGCUAUCAAAAGUGCCUCGGAGCUUCGAUCCCAUCGAAAUAUCUGCCCAGGCCGCCACGUUGCUUUGAGUUGCAGUUUGUCAUCGAACACUAUGGCAAGGAUUUAGAUAACAGUGUCAGUACAACAUCAGGCCAUGUUUCGCCGAAUCUUCGCACACACCCUGUCUUUCCUGAUGAGUCGGUACAGCCUGUUCCAAUUUAUUACGAUCGCCAAGCGCGUGGCCACAGUCACCAUAUUAUCAUUGAAUGCCUGCAAUCAUUGGAACACCUGCAAGAACUUCAUGAUGCGAUAGUAGAAUCCAAGAUAUGUGGAUUCAUAUCUCAAAUGGACAACUGGCUCAGCGGUACGCUACCUCGUGUGAAGGACGAAUCUAGUGAUUCCGGUAUUAUCGUUCCAUCUAUUGAUAUCGAUAUACCCUUGAUUCCGCUGCGUAAUUUGAUAUAUGAAGGGGUAGGAAAGUACUCCCUAAUCCGGACAUCCAAGGAUGUUAUCACGCCUCACAACAUCAUUAAGGCUGUCUAUACUAUCCUUAGGAUAGAGAGUACAAAUCUAAUUGGUGAUUCGAGAGUCACGGUCGGCAAAUCUAUCUGGGUCGAACACCCAACCACCCUGUCAAAAGGCCUUGUCCUCGUCGUUAGCAUUGCGCCACGGGUCACAGUUGGACAGAAAGCUUAA